AUGGAUUUCUCUGAAGCACAGAAGGUGUGGUUCGGUACACAUAUGUUAGCUAAGGAAGCUGAUGACUGGUGGAUCAACACUCGUCAGGUGGUGGAUGUUGCAGUUGAAGUUGUAACUUGGGUUGUGUUCCGUAGGGAAUUUUUGAGAAAUGAGGCAACUGUUGAGUUCUCUAAGUGUGUCAAAUUCGAGAAUGGUUUGCGUCCUAAGACUAAGCAGGAGAUUGGAUACCAACAGAUAAAGAGGUUUCCAGAGUUGGUAAACAACUGUAGAAUUUAUGAGGAUGGUGGAAAGGCUUGGUUGGCUCACUACAAGGAGUUGAGCGAGAGAAGAGGAAAGCAGAAUCUGAACCGUGGGAAGCCAUAUAGUGCUCCAGUUGAUAAAGGUAAACAGAGAGUUGUUGGUGGUAAGAGGACAAGUGGGGGAGGUGCCCCUACUCCUCUUAAGUGCUAUAGGUGCGGUGAGUUGGGUCAUCGUUUCAGUGAAUGCAAGAGUGAUGUGAAGAAGUGUACAAGUGUGGGAAGUCAGGACAUUUGGUUACUGAUUACAAAGAGAGUGUGGUGA